AUGGAGGUCCUCUCCGGCGGGGGGAUCCUCCCCACGUCGCCGCUCCUCGGCCGGCGGCGGAGCGGACGGUGCUUGAAUCUCGUUCUCCUCCAUCCGCGGCGGUCUCCUGCGUUCUCCAGUCGCAGAUGGGGCCGCCUCUGCGGCAGGAGGUGUGUCCGUGCCAUGGCCUCCGGGGAUGACGGCGGGUCGGAGGGGCAGUCCUGGGAGAGCAUAUCCAGGUCCUUGAGGCGCGGAUCGGAGCGUUUCUUCUCCGGCUUCGGUGGGCGCCUGAAGAAGGAAACGGGGUUGGACGCGGGGGCCGCAGGGGAGGCGGCGAGGAGGUUGGCGGACGGUGCCACCGAAGCGGCGCGGGAAGCGGUCGACCUUGUCAGGAUGGAGCUGGUUCCUCGAUUCCUGGAUUGGAAUAAAUGGGAAAUGUGGAAGGUGUGUUUUAUGCCUUUUCAAUGGCUCCACUAACAUUCUUCCUGCGUUCAUUGCCGUCUAGUUCUGAUGCCGGGGAACCGUCAAAAUGUUGUCCGAUAUUACAGAAUUCGCUUCCGAAGAAAGUUUCUAUCAUUUAGUACAUAAUGGGGAUGCUCGCAGUGUGCUCUCCAGAAUGUAACGUUUCUCUAUGCUGUGUCGGGCUCACCGGUGGCUAUUUGGGAAACUGAAAAAUGCGGCUUUAUGUCGCUGGGUUUAACGGUAGUCUGAUUGAACUUGCACUCUAAUGGGGAUGUCUUAUGAUGAGAAAUAUGUCUCAUGCAACAGUAGCUCAUUCACUAGAGGAUUUGUUCAACGCUUUGACUCACAGCCUCUAAUGGGCCGUCCUCUUUUCCGAAGCCUUCUUCAUUUGAUACCUACCCAUUCUGUAGUCGUCGUAUGGUAGCAAGGCUUUGGAUCAAUAUUUUCUGUUGUCAAAGAUUGUUUACCGUUGGCAUCGUGGCAAAGUGUGAUGCUGAAACCUUUACUUUUGUGAAAUGGGGGAUCUAACAGGGUCUCCCAGAAGUUUAAACCUUCUUCGUAGAACUGAUCUUUAUGUUGACAUGUGUGGAUGAGUGAUAUGGACUUUUUUUUUCGAAUUAACUCCGUUAAAGAAAAUUUUUCGUUGAGCUAUAGAGCUUGGUGAACUUUCUUGUAGGAAUUUUCGUAUGUCAAUAAUACUUUCAUGUAAUUGCCUACCUAUUAGAUAACUUGCUUAUCUUUUAGAGCCUUACGCUUUUGGUUUUAUAUAUCAUAUUAUCUACAUGCAAUGGUCAUUUUCCUUAGGACCUGCCAAAGUUUUAAGCGCCAGAAGCUAAAAUAUAAACUUUUUCGGUCUAGGUUGAAUUAUUGACCUGCCAGCACUAAAAGGCUUACAUUUACAUGAUUUUGGUGAAAUAGCCUGGAAAUCUUUUGGCUUUUCUUUUCUAUUUCUCGGUGAAAGGGAGAGACAUGCUAGCGAUUUCGUUAAAUUAUAGAGGAGGUUAUUGUAUUAAAUCUUGGCAGAUGAGAUGCUGCUCAGGCCAUUAGCAACCGGUAUUUUAGAAAAAAGAUAAUGUGAUGCAAAUACAUCCCAGGGCGUCCGCAGAACACCACUGAUCACGGAUUGGAUCAGACGCUUUCAGCUAAUUUUUUAGGCAUAACCAUAUUUUACAUGACUGAAAUCGACUGAGGGGACAUCAUCAUCGAGAAAACUUGACAAUCCGCAACCUACAAAAGUACAUGACUAAAAGCACCGGAAAACAGUGGAUCAGUACGGAUCUCGGGGAUACUCUCAUAACACUCGACCAUUGAAACUUUGCAACUUAAUUCUAUAUUCUAACCAGGUACCCUGCAAAAUUUCAGCAUUUCUUCUGUGAGAUUCCGGUAAAUGUAGCAAACUUCAGGCAAUGCUUUCGAGUUCUCUUCCUUCUAGAUUUCAAUACCUCGUUAAAUUUGAGUACAUUGUUCUCUAGGUUGCAUUAAGCCUUGCGUUGAAACAUCUGCCAAUCAGUUCCCGUGAAGAUCAGACCAUUUAUUUGUAAGGUGGUGCGUCAAUUCAUAAAUAAAAGGCUAGUCACAGUUGAGGUUGAAGCUUCGUGGACCACAAAUGAAUUUUUUGAGUUUUCCUUCUUAAAGAAAAGUGAUAAUUUGUGGAUCGCUUUUUUGUGCCUUCUGUGGGAGACCAUGCACUCUAAUGGUGCCUCUGACAGAAAACUGCACGCUUCAUUAUUGUAGUCCAAAUGCACAGUGGAAGGGUCUUGAAAAGAAUGCCUAAGGAUCCUACUAUUUCAAGGUAAAAAUAUUGGGAAGAGAUGCACGUUAUGAGGUAGAUGAUAACUUUGAUCUGGCUUAUGUCCUUGUGGAUAAAUUGGGCUCUGUAACUUCAUCGUCAAGUGAAGUUUUCGAAUUAUUUCUGCUAGAGGAGCUAGGUGCUGUAUGCCAUCUUGAAUGGAGAUAUCCAAUAUUGAUAAAGCGGAUUCUCAGAGGCAACUUUUUGCAUGUGAUUGGUUAGUUCAUUGAACGGAUAUUAUGAACACAUCUUUCAUUCCCGACAGACUUGAUGAUUUGCUUUAUCUCUAUUUCUAUGCUCUUCCAUGUAAUAAACAUUAUCAUAUCAUUGUGAAGCGGUGAAAGAGAUGUUCACUGGUUGGAAUUGGCAUUGGGAAAUCACAGAGGGCUUCUUGCAUGCGACUUACUCAAAGUGAUGAACGAGAUUAAUGACUUAUUCCAAAGACAGUUUUGGUAGAUAGGGUUUGAUAAGGUGAGAGACUGGUCGUGCAUCUGUUAUAUGCAUCAAAUCACCCAGCAUAACAUAUACUCCCUUGCUGUAUACUCAUUUUUUUUUUAUGUUUUCUUCGGAGUGUUUUUAGGAGUAUACUUGAAAUAAAAUUGUGUAUUCUCUACUUACGUUCUCAAGUUCAAUGAUAAUUGGUUCCAUCUUAUUUCCAAGGAAAGCUUGGAGGACGAUAUAAUUGAUAAAUUACCUCUUUAGGAUACUCUUUGACUCUCAGAAGCUGGUCAUGCAUCUCUCUCUUAUAUCUGUGGCUGGAGAUGGUUAAGAUUUUUGUUCUGCUCACCAGAAAGCAAGAAGGAUUGGAAAAUUGGGUACAACACUCUUGGUUGAAAGGUGCAUCAGGUGUGCUGCCUUUAGGUUUAAAGAAAUCACGUACACAUUGUUCUCUAUAAUGCAAGCAGAAGAAUCUUACAAUCUAUUUGUAAAUAGGUGCAAGAGUAUGCAAUCUUCUCUUUAGUGUGUUGCCCGUCCAAAAACCUUUGGUACGUUACAUACAGAGAUGAUAUCACUUAUAUGAAAGCCCGUGGUUAAGUCUAAAGAAGUUGAAAUCGUUUUGUGAGAUUCAAGAUGAGCUUAUUAUCUAUUCCCCAUUGAUGGCUUCAGAACUUCGAAAAAACCUCAUGGAUAUGCUUUUGUUUUGUCACCUGUUAAAGUCAUCCAAAAAGCUUCUGCCUGUGUUCCUCAUUUCUGCAUUUUGCUCAUAUCUCUGCCUCCUUUCCCUGGAAUCAUCAUCUUUUCUUGGUUACAUUCUUGUGUGUGGGCAAGACUUUCUCCUACAUCCAUGAUUUACCAUCUUGGUGAUUUGACAAGCUUAUGUGAGGUGGAUCAGUUUAUAAAAGGAGAAUCUAUUAUUUUAACUAAAGUUUCAUACUAAAACUAAUAUAAGUUGGAGAAUUGCUGGUGGCAACGGAGUUGAUGUAAUUCGACGUUUUUCUGUCACUUUUCAUGUUUUCACACAAGGCAUUGAGUUUCAACAUAAUAUGUUGGGUCGUCUUAUAUUCCCGUGUAGGCCAUAUAUUUGAUGAGAUGGGUUUGUCUUGACUCAUUGGGAUCAAUUGCCCGGUAGUUAUGCAAUUUGGCGUCAAGGACAAAUACUUCUUUACUUUUAAGAAAGUGCUCUUAAUAUCAGGAAAGAAGACUAACGUGGUCUCGGGAUGUAUGCUUAAUGUUUUUUCGGACAACUAAUGGCUAACUUAAUUGAGCAAAAGCAUCCGCAGCUGUAUUUCUAGGGUAUGCCAUCUUUUUUAGAACAAGUGUCAGUGUGAUCUAGAAAUUCGAUCUUUCUGUCAUUACUAAUGAAAUCAUAUCCCGCUAAAUAGAUGCAUAUACUCAGUCUACUUUCAUUUAUUCAUCUAGAGAACUUUUGUAUGACUUAUAUUUAUUUCAAUAUAGUAUGAACUUUGGCACUGUUAUUAAUAACUUUAUUGGGAUAAUAUCUGAUAGUUGAUUUAGUUAUACAUUUGCAGGACCUAAGGAACUGGGAACCUAAAAGAAUUGGUGCUUUGAUCUUGUACAUUGCUGUUGUAUUUUUUUCAUGUCAGAGAGUCUAUGUAAGUGUUGGACCUCGUCUUGAUCGUCAAAGUAAAAAGCAACUGACGGAGGCUUACAUGGAGGCUUUGAUUCCUGAUCCGUCUCCAGCCAAUGUUAGGAAGUAAGUGUCAUGUUGGGGUGAGGAAUUUUAAAUUAAAUAUUUGCAAAAUUUCACAUUAGUGUUUUAAAACUUACUCACAUAUUGGUAAUUUAAAGUUUUUGCAACACAUGCUGUCAUUGUAUAAUGUUGCUUCUUCUAUUGCAGGUUUAAGAAAAGUCUAUGGAGGAAGACAUUGCCAAAGGGUCUGAAAAUCAAAAAGUUUAUAAAAGGACCUGAUGGGACACUUAUUCAGGACGAUUCUUAUGUUGGAGAAGAUGCAUGGGAUGAUGAUCCACAGUCAUCUCAGGAUAAUGUCAUCAAAGUCAUUGACAAUGAUUCAAGGUUAAAUGAUGAACAAAAGAAGAUGCUGAAGUCAAACUUGGGCGUCACAGGUUAGUACAAGCCAAACCAUGUCUGGCUAAUGACAUAAGAGAGGUUACUUGCAUUACCUGUUGUGUUCAGAUCCUGCUUUCGAGAUAUUUCACUUUCUCAAGUUCGGAUUGAUAUUGUAUGCAUAUUUACACAUUUUCUCGUUGAGCUGCUCAGCAAAUCAAAUGUCAAAAGUCAAGUGAGGAAGAUUAGCGAGCGCGAGUCCCACCGAACAAAAAAAAGGGGAUGUAGACAAUCAAAUCGACCACUAAAUCCGUGGUUCAUAUUCAAAUGGAAUCACCUGACUUAAAAGAGAAACGUAUAAUGUGGAGAAAGCAUUCGUCGUGCAAAAUAUUGAAAAACUACGAAUACUGAUGGUUAAAGCCAGUUCCCACAGUUCUAACGGGUGAUGUUCGAAAGAUAUGAAUAAAAGAAAUGAGUAGGAGGGUGAUGAAGGAGAUGAAGAAUUAAAUGCGAACUAAAACACAAAAAAUGAGAUAUUUAAUUUUUUCAAGUUCUCUAUCUUCGUGUCUACAUGAUGCUUCAUUGUGUGGUUCUAUGUGCAUUUGAACAGUUGAAUGGCUUCAUCGUGUAUACAGUCAUGCAUGAACUUCCAUUUGUACGUGGAUGCCUGUGUUGCCAUCAAUUGGAUGCCUCGUGUUCUUGAUGAAAAAAACAUAAAAAACGGUCAAGAAGAGUCAUUGCCCGCUGAUCUGUUUGGCUAAACAAAAUGAGGGAUAGCUAUGUUGAGUUGGCUUGACUUGGUAAGAAGAGUCAUUGCCAUGUUUUUCUCUUCAUCUGUAUGGUUGAUGUGCGUUGUUUUGACGGUAUGCUUAAUGUAAUCUCCAUUAACUGUGUUUAUCUGGCGCAUUCUGGUUCAUAGCUGAUUUCGUCCGGUCCUAAAGUUUUUUGGUUUCAUUAGGGGAGGGCAGUAUGGAUGGAUCAACAUGGCGUGACAGGCUUAUAGCUUGGAAAGAGAUCUUGAGGGCUGAUAAACUAGCUGAACAGGCAGAUUCAUUGAAUGCAAAUUAUGUGGUUGAUUUUGAUAUGGAGGAGGUAGAGAAGAGUCUGCGCACAGAGGUGGUGGAGAAAGUAUCAGAUACAGAUGGUACCAGAGCAUUGUGGAUUUCCAAGAGAUGGUGGCGCUACCGUCCAAAGUUGCCAUACACAUAUUUUCUGAAUAAACUGGAUUGCUCCGAGGUAUAUGCUCUGUGCAUUUCGAGUAGAACUUGAACUUUUGGUAGAAGUUUGUAGAAGCAUACACUAGCAUUUGUAAAUUAAUCUUCCUUAUCUCAGAAAAGUUUGUGUCCUCUGCUCCCCAUCCUCAUAUUUAGUUCCUUCAUGUAAUAUUCUGUUCAUGCAGAGAAUUAAGGUAGCUGAAUCUGCACACCGAAUCUGCACUGUGCUAUGAAAUCAUAAUAUCCUCUGACGCUUUGUUUUGGGUUAGGAACAUAGAUCACUCACGUCAGAAUAUUACUGCAAUCAUGCCUUGCUUAUAUUAGAAGACUAGUAAUACUAUUUUGUCGGCAUCUGCAAACAGAGUAGUGAAAAGGCCCCAUUGCUUUUCGCUUCUGUCCAAAAAUAUUACUGCAAAGCAUGAUUUUGUUAAAUUAGGUUGCAGCUGUUGUCUUUUCGGAGGACCUGAAGAGAGUAUAUGUGACAAUGAAGGAAGGGUUCCCUCUGGAGUAUAUUGUAAGUUUGUCUAACAGUUUUCGAAAUUCCAGGACACUAUUGCAAGAUCGUUGUGGAUGAACAUUCUUUUCAAAAUUGGUUUAUCUCAUUUAGUGAAUAUCAUGUGUAGGUUGAUAUCCCUCUCGAUCCAUACUUGUUUGAAACUAUUUCGAGUGCUGGGGUUGAAGUGGAUCUUCUUCAGAAAAAGAAUUUUCAUUACUUUCUCAAGGUGGUUGUCGCAUUAGCCCCAGGAAUAAUUAUUCUAUGGUUUAUAAGAGAGUCUGUGAUGCUUUUGCACAUCACUUCUCAACGCUUUCUAUACAAGAAAUAUAACCAACUCUUUGACAUGGCUUAUGCUGAGAACUUUAUCCUGGUAAGUCUCCGAUAUGCCAUUUUGCAUGCGACAUGUAUCUUACUUUGUGACUUGACUCAGUCAUAAAGUAUGCUGCAGAGAAGUUUCAUUAGUGUUCGUUUUGUGACAAUCGUUUACAUGAAUCAAUUCCAGCCUCUGGGAAGUGCAGACGAGACACAUUCAAUGUAUAAAGAAGUUGUACUAGGAGGUGAUGUAUGGGAUCUUUUAGAUGAGUUGAUGAUUUAUAUGAGGAAUCCAAUGCAGUAUUACGAGAAGGAAGUUGCCUUUGUUAGGGUAACUGGUCCGACUGCUUUUCUGACUCUUUUUUAAAUGCUGUAUUUUAGUAUCUUGAAGUCUUAGCCCCGCUUUUAUGAUAUUCACAAUUCUCUGCACAAACUAAUUUUUACUCAUUCCCUUACUCUUGCCUCAGGGUGUUCUCCUUUCUGGUCCUCCUGGAACAGGCAAAACGCUUUUUGCACGAACACUUUCUAAGGAAAGUGGCAUGCCUUUCGUCUUUGCUUCUGGGGCAGAGUUCACUGAUAGUGAGAAAAGUGGAGCUGCUAGGAUCAAUGAGAUUUUUUCGAUUGCCAGGAGAAAUGUAAACUUCUUAAUUCCCUAGUGUAUUCCAAUGAUUUAGAAAAUUGAAAUACUUCUAGUGUUAAAUCUUUAUAUAUAUUGUUUUAAUUUUUUUUAGUCAUGCACAAUCGAUUUCGUAGACAUUAAGUUGUCAAUGUAAUAAUUAUUCUUUAUGAGAUCGGGUACACUGAAGGUUAGCUCAUGUCUUACCUCCUUUACAUUAUCCUUUGACCAAAACUGAGGUAACUCAGAGUAAAAUUUCUGGAUGCUGGAAGUCAGGUUCAAGAAUUAUUUAAUUUCCAAAAUCUCAGAAUGUGUCGUGUAAUUAAUUUGUGUGGUAUGACAUGCCUGAUUCAUAUUUUAAUAUUUUUUGGGAUUUUAUUCCGACUCUAUCAAUUAUAUCAUAUUUGCUGACCUCAGUUUUGCAAAUAUCAGUGUCAGGGAAUGACACACUUUUUCAAUAUGGAGACACUUUUGGCUUCUCGGCUGGAGAUAUAUUUUCCAUUACCUUACAAGAAUUAGCUGCAAUUAUCAUCAUUACUACCUCCAGAAGCAGCAUGCUUGUGCGCUGACAUAGAAGUUUUGCACUGGCUAGUUUGAGAAUAGCUGUUUAUUGGGUUUAUUUUCCACUGCUUUUUUAAAAAGAUAAAUGGCAAUCUGAUUUCUUUAUGGUUAAUUUAUGAUGGCAUAAUCCCUGGGAUAAGAUGUAAUUUUGCUAUAUAGGCUCCGUCAUUUGUAUUUGUGGAUGAGGUUGAUGCUAUUGCUGGAAGACAUGCACGGAAGGACCCAAGACGAAGGGCAACGUUUGAAGCUUUGCUCUCACAACUUGAUGGAGAGUAAGCGUCUUUACCCUUUUCCGAAGACUUGGUGAUAAUAUUAAUUUUUUAUCUUUAUUUUAAUUUUCUGACCGUGAUGGGAGCAACGAGUCACUCUCAUUUGCAUUCCUCUUUGGCUCAUUGGUUUUUUCAUGGCAAAUUGUUUCCAGAAAGUGGUUCGUUGGUAGCACGUGCUGUUAAGUAUAAUGCUGUAUUUUUUUUGGAAGACGUAGCUCCCAUUUACGAUAAUCUUCCUGUAGGGAACUCUCUAGAGAUUAAAUUUUUCGGGUCAAGAAUCAAUAGGUACUUUUUAGAAGGUGAGAAUCCCAUAGUUCAUGGAUAGAAGUGCUGUUGUACCACUGUGCUGUAAGAGGUAUUGCCAUCUUCUGAAAUAUCUUUAUCAUUCUUUCAAUAGUCCCUGAAAGAACCCCAGCAACCUUAUUUUAUCGAAAUAGAAACAGUUGAACUCUUCUUCGAAUUAAUCUUCAGUCUUGUUAUCUUGGUCUAAGAGAGGUCUACUUGCUGCACCCUCAGAAAGGCACCUGAUUGAAACUUAGUGACCAGGAUAAUCAUGACGAGUAAACACACUGCUAUCUGAGAAGAAAUAAUAAUACCUCAUGCUCAAGAUCUCAGUCCCUGAGCUAAAGUUUCACUCGUAAUUGUCUUCAACGCCAUUCAGGCUUAUCUGAUAGGGUGCAUGGGGAAAAGAUCUCAUCUGUCCUAUUUGUGUCUUUGGUGAUUUCAGAUUUUGAAGUACUGAUUCUCAGAUAUGCAUUAAUCUAGCCCCUAGUGUCUCAUGGUCCUCGUUGCUCCAUCAAAAAAUGAGAGGAGAGAUAAGAUUGCACUUUCCUAGACCUUUGAUAUGAUGUGAUUGAAAAAUGUUUUACUAUUACCGGUGGCUUUGAGAUUUUGGCAACCUGAAUCUGCUAAUUCCACUCAAUCCAGUUUUCACUAGAGCUCACACAUCGCAGUGAGGAUAUCAGUUCAAACCACUCUCGGAAAGUAGUGAGUGAGGUUUUCAAUGGUCAUCUUGGGCUAUACAGUCUAUCCCUUAUAACAGCAUGUAGGACCAGUAAUAAAGGAAACUUCAGUUCUUGAUUGAUGUGUUUCUCUAGUCUUAUCCCCGGAAUUAAGUGCGAUUUUGGACAUAAAUAUAUGCUUUGUGCAGAAAUGGUACAUGAUAUGGUACAAUAAAGUGGGUUGAAAGCUGUGGAAAAAAAUCAGUAAUCAUUGCACGGGCUGUGGAUUGAGUUAUAGGUGUGCUUUAUCUUUCCAAAUAAUUACUGUGAAGUUGCAUAUGGUCGAGAUUUAACUUGAAAUGAAUCUCCUUGAUUAGUAGAUUGUUUUAUUGAAGUCUUUCCUCCCAUUUUCAAAACAUUGUUGUUGAAGAAUAAAGUUUACUGGUUUUUUCUUUCACAGGAAGGAGAAAAUUGGCGUGGAUCGUUUUUCACUCAGACAAGCAGUAAUAUUCAUUUGUGCAACAAAUAGACCAGAUGAACUGGACCCUGAUUUUGUUCGUCCUGGACGAAUUGAUCGCCGGCUGUACAUUGGUCUACCUGAUGCCACACAGCAAGUGAGAAUUUUCGGCGUUCAUAGUGCAGGAAAGAAAUUUGCUGAUGAUGUGGACUUUGGAAAGGCAAGCCACUUGCCAUUGUUUUAUUCGAUUCAGACGGACAUUUUCUCAAUUCACAUCUUUUGAUUCGCUUCUGAUUUAUUUAUUUACCCUCUUUCGUUAGAAUGUGAGAUAUGUUCGAAUAUUUUCUGUGGUUUUAUGAGGAUUAUAUCCCGGCCAUUGUUGAUGCUAUGUUAUUCAGUUAUGUUCAAAUCGCUGUCCUUCUGACAUUAACAUAAGAAGAGAAUUGAAAUGCUGGGAAAGACAAAACAGAUGAACCAAAAUCUUACUUAUAAUGUAUACAUGAUUAAGUUUCUUGAAUCUAUCAUGCUAAUAUCACAAGGUAAUCGCAAUAAAGUUACAGCUAUAUGUUUGUGCAAAAUUAAACGAAAGAAAUUAUUCUGUGUUUACUUUAAGAAUCUAUCCUGUUCAUUAGGGCCACCUCCAAAGUCUAGUUGACUUUAAGAAUUGCUUCAAUUCAGAAAACCCGCACACUGCUUUCGAGCUUCUGUCGCUAGCAUGGGAGCUGACUAGAAAGCGUCCUGAUGGCCUUGAUGCCUUUUGGAAGAAGUAGCCAUGACAGAAAAUGAGGCAUUUGAGGGUGCUUAUGAGGAUAACUGGAAAGUUGAGAGUUCUCAAACAUGUUGAUAAGCACUAAGAUGUCCUUUACUUUUCCGAAGUCAGAUAAUCUUGUUUGCUCUUGAAGUCGUGGAUGGAGAUUAUAGCAAUCCGUGUCUUGAGGUUGGUUCACUUAUGCAAUAGCUGGAGGUCUAUUUGAUGAUUGGUUCUUGGGUUUUGUUGUCCUCCAGUCUUCGGAAAACUUUCAUAUUGUCAGAAAGCAAUGGAGGAAUCAUAAAAGGAUAAACAAGGUGAUGAUUAAGGGUCUCGUUCUGACUUCUGACUGGAUCCGUCAGACUGGAUCAGGUGUUUUACUGUGACCAUAUGGAGGAACAGGGCAUAGUGGGAUCCCAUGCAUGCUGGCACAGUGUGGAGGAAGGAAGGUGUGGGAAGAAGAGAAGAAAAAGGCAAGGCUGAGAGUUAUUGUUUAUCGUUGGCAGCUCUCAUGUAUUGGCUUGCUGAAACUUCUGCUGCCUUGUGUCAGUUUGGGUCUGUCUGUUGGCGGUGAGGAGACUGCAUUUAACACUCUAACCGUCAUCUUUUUCUGACGAACAGAUCGAAUUAGCAUAAUGGUCUAUUCAAAGCCAAUGUUCUCGUUGGCAGCUCUCAUGUAUUGGCUUGCUGGAACUUCUGCUGCCUUGUGUUAGCAGCUAGCAGCGCUUAUUCCCCUGCAGAACUACCUGUUAUACCGUAAAAUGGGGAUAAAUUAAUUGCACCUUUUGGUACAAAAGUUUGUUUGUCUAAGACAUGUAUGCCUUUUAAGUUAUAGUGUCUCUUGUUUUGAUUUGGGCAAUUCAGCAAACUGUUUGGAUUCGGAAUGCCAUGCUUGGAUGGCUGGAGGAAGAGAUCAGUUUUUGAUGUAGGUGGAAGAUCUAACAGCUGGCUAAUGGUUGUAGGUUCUGCUUUAGACUAACACAAAAUGUGAAUGCCAUUCAGAUGGUCAUCUCGAUAGCUGAAGAGAACAAAAAGGAGGGUAGCUGUGGGAUGCAGAUGCGUUGGCCUGACCUAGCUUCACUCUUGUAGUUUCGGUUCGUCCAUGGCACUUAAAAUAUUGUCCAGAUGCUUAGUAUCGAGACAUUAUCAAUAGCAUUCUUGUAGCUUUUCUUCAUUCUCAUUUGCUUGAGCUAAAAUGAUUUUAGGCCUCAGCAUAUUUUUUUUACAAAUUAUUGCAGUUUUCACUCUCUUUGAUCUCUUCAUAACUUGUGAGGAUCAGCCUUCACAACUCUCUAUUGCUGUGUGAUAUAUGUGAAACUAUUUGCUUUUGAGUUCAGUCCAGAACCUGUGGAAGUUCGCAUCUUAGGUGGCCUUGACCAUUUUUCCUUUUACAGCUUGUUUUCCGUACUGUUGGUUACUCAGGAGCUGAGAUUCGAAAUCUCGUCAAUGAAGCAGCAAUAAUGUCUGUAAGUUAAUCACUUCAUGUUCUGUUAUGGCUCGUUAACUUGCUGUUCAAAUUGGUUGCGAUCACUUCGAUUGAUGUCCCCAGAAUACUUGUUAAUAAUCAUGGCAUUUUUAAGUAAACCGUUUCUGAGCUGUUAUGCUCUUCUUCAAAUAGAUUGUUGUCUCCAUAAUGCUUUCUAGUUGACAUUUUAACAUAUUGAACACUGCUGAUUUAAUACUGCUCAGAAAUAUGACGUGGGAAAGAUUAAUCUUGGCCAUUCUAGUAGGUUAUGGUUGUAUUGGCUCUAAAGAAAAGGGGAGAAUUUACAAGAAAAGCCACUGAUAGAAACCGUCCUUCAAUUUUCAGUCUGUAGGAUGUGGCAUAAAUAGUUCAAAGAAAAAACAGAUAGAGGGUAACAAGUAACCCCAAAGUUUUUUUUCCCUUUUUGAUCAUAUCGCUAUAUACUUUCAGGAAAACCUCUGCCUUCCUAGCUCUUUGCAUUGCCUUUAUUCAGUCCGAAAUAUUUAUUAUUUUAUGGGUUUCCAAAAAGGAUAAUGCAUUUUUACACGGAAAAGGUGUUCACUGUUGAAUAGACAAAUUCACAUCUUUCAUAUUGGUGUUUUAGAUGAACUAAACUUGUGUUCAUCUCUUAUCUAUUACCAAUUGAAGUAUUAUCGAGCCGUCCAAAGUAGAUUUGUUACAUUUUUUACUUCUUCUUUUACCGACAUAAUGAUGCUUGGUUUUAAAAGUCUAAAGUUAUUUUUUUUAGACAAGAUAUAUGUUUUAGUUAAUUUUGCCUGUGCCUGGUUUCUUGACAAAUAAAGACAUUGAACUAACUGCAGGUAAGGAAAGGUCACUCUUUAAUUACCCAGCAAGACAUUGUUGAUGUUUUAGAUAAGCAAUUGCUUGAGGGUAUGGGAGUCUUGCUCACUGAAGAAGAGCAGCAGAAGUGUGAACAGAAUGUAAGCUAUCUGCAACAUUCAUCACUGUGAUUGUUGGUACUCGACCGCUUCUAAUCUCCCUAAUGGCUUGUUUGUUUCACGAUUUUUUAUGAAUAACAUAGGUUUCUAUGGAAACAAAGAGGCUACUUGCGGUACAUGAGGCUGGCCAUAUAUUAUUAGCUCAUCUAUUCCCUCGAUAUGAUUGGCAUGCAUUCUCUCAGCUUCUUCCUGGUGGAAAGGUAGAAAGGCUUAUGUUGGCACCUUUUUUUAAUUCAUGUUGUACUCUCUAUUUCAUACUUGUUCGUAAUGUGUGCGCUCAUUUGCUCUCCAACGUUUUAUAAAGCAUUAAAUUUUGUGUAUUUUCUCAUUUAUUGUUAUGAUUCACGAAGAUUAGUUAGUUAACCUGUUCUAACAUAAUAUUACUUUAACAAGAGCAGGAGACUGCGAUUUCAGUAUUCAACCCAAGAGAAGAUAUGGUGGAUCAAGGAUACACUACGUUUGGUUACAUGAAAAUGCAAAUGGUAGUUGCACAUGGUGGACGCUGUGCUGAGCGUAUUGUAUUUGGUGAUGAUAUCACUGAUGGGGGAAGAGAUGAUCUAGAGAGAAUUUCCAGAGUAAGUCUUGCAUUUACCUUUCUAUACAGAACCCGUUUGUUGAAAUGUCAAUUAUAUCCCUCCAAUAGAGAAUGCCCAAGAAUUGUUUUUUCUUGGCUGGUUUGGAAGGUUCCUCUACCUUCUCCUCAACUUCUGAAUUUGCAUCAAUCCGAGGGGUCGAUUUCUUAGGUAAUUUUUUUCUCUUAAUUUGUGGUGGAAUAUAUUUUUCUACCUUAGUAGGCUCUUAAUCUUUCCUAUUCUUAUAUGGAUCAUCUAACUAUUUUCCACUCCUCAAACCUUGCAUAGCUUUAUAUUUUCAUAUUGGGAGUUUUGAGGUGCCACUAGUUGACUUGUACUAGGUAGAGGUUGAGGAUAAAUCCUUUGAUUUGGAAUGGUUUGACUUGAGAGUUGUCCUAAGUUUCACUUUCCUAUUAUGCCAGUAAUGUGUGAUGAUAAAUUGAAGACUCUAUUGUAUAUAAGAAAACAUAUAAUUAGAAAUGGGCUGUCCUGAAUUUGCCUACCAAUUUUGAUAGUGUUGUUGUGUAGCUACCUCGGGCUGCAUAUACCUAUUCAGAUUUUGUUAAAAAGAUUGGUUUUGAUAUGUAGGACGAUUGAAUGGUCUCUGAAAAUUCGGAUUUAAAUUUUACCCUCUGGCUUUUGAGAUAUGUGAGUUUACAAGCAUUUAAUAAAAUUCUGACAUGUUGUAGAUUGCUAGAGAGAUGGUAAUUAGCCCGGCAAAUUCAAGGUUAGGGCUUACGCGCUUGAUAAGGAAAGCUGGGAUGGACCGCCCUGAUAACCCAGAGGGGGAGCUGAUCAAGUUUAAGGUGGAGUACAGUUUUAUUUUCUUUCAUGCGCUUCUUUGUAGACACGUUUGCAUUUUUGGUUAAUGAGUUAUUGUUUUUUCUCUUAUUUAGUGGGAUGACCCUGAUGUAAUUCCUGUUGACAUGACUCCUGAAGUAUCUGAACUAUUUACUCGUGAAUUGACCAGGGUAAGUAUCCUCUUCAUCAUUUUGGAUUGGCGUUCUCAUAAAAUUAUGUGCACAGUGUCUUAGCUUCUGGUCGAGGAACUCAGUCGAUUUCUUUGUCCAUUUUUGUCACUGCUGUCACUGGAUUUAGCCAUACUUUAAACAUAAUAUAGGACACUUAGUGAGGAAUAUCUCCUUUUUUAUUUUUUCAAAUCGCGAUGUUAUUGGCUAUAAGAAAUCCACAAGUAAUUGGCAUCGUAGUACGCUACCUUGGAAGACUACUUUUUGAUCUGAAUGGAUUUUUACAUUUUCAGUGUGUGAAUUCUUUAAUGAAUCCUUUUCUUUGACAGUACAUUGAUGAGACAGAAGAACUUGCUAUGCAUGGUUUGAUGCAGAACAGACAUAUAUUAGACAUGAUUGCUAAUGAACUUCUAGAGAAAUCUCGCAUUACUGGAUUGGUACGUAAACUAAUAUUUCCAUAUUGUUCGUUUUUUUUUUUUUUUUGUAAACUGUGAAUUUGUUGUAUUAUUCUUUGGUAAUAUUUGUGUUUCAUAUUUUGAAAGUGGGUUAGAUCGCUUUGUAUGCUUCUGAAUGUUAAUAACUUUUAAGUAGUUCUGUAUUUCGGUGUUUAGACUAAUGCUAAUUCGAUGUAUUCAUGAAUAUAGAAGUCAGUGGUGUUAGCUUCAUACCAUGCGGGAUGUUAUUUCUAAUACUCGGCCAUCGAAAACUUAUUGGCUGGUGGGAGCGAGUGUGCUUCUAUGUACAAGUGACAUGACAGAAACAGAACGAAAGUGUGCAUAGGUUGAUUUCUUUGCUGUAAAGAGGAUAUAAAUCACUGACAUUUUUAGGGACAUGUUGAGGGUGAAUGAAAACUAAUGCUUUUUCCGAUAAAUUGUAAGAAACCAUUUUCCUUUUUCUUCCUGAAGAUUGGUUGGUACAAGAUAUCAAUAAAGAAAGUAAAGUGACGUGGAUCGGGCAAGAGUAUAGCGCAUUACCAGCAACGUUUGUUGAGGACUGUAUAAAAUUGCUCAUACAACAUGUAAAUGAUAAAGAAAAAAAAAAUGGAAUAAACACCUAUCCGCGAGCUCUUCCUUUAAGACAAUGUGGACACUUCUGUGUUUCUUUCUGUUUAGGUCGGCAAGUGAAAAAAGGAGUGCAUUUUUUUUUUAUAUCUGGGCAUUUCUUCUUUAGAUACUACCUGCAGAGUUCUGUAGAGGAUUUUGCAACUCGGUACCUUGAUGAAGUCAGGUUUUGUUGAUUGCAAUAUAUUGUGUGCUAUCAAAGCGAGGUUCUUCUUUCCUUUGAUAUCUAAUAGCGGAGGCUUUGCUAGCUGCUUAGGAUAAUGCGAAUAUAGGUGAUGCCAUGAAGUUCUGCAAUAUUUGCUAGAAUGUCUUCAAAAAAUUUCUGAGGCCAUGGGGAGAAUGCAUAUCGAGCAACAACAAGCUGUCUUUUGUUAUGAGGCUUUUUGUUCUGUACAUGAAGAUGAAUUUCAGUAAACAGAAGAUACGGUGAUUAUCCCUAUUUUAAUGGACAUAAGUGAUGAUCUUGGUGCAGAAAAGUGUAAAUUUUCUGAUUGAAGGACAUCUGUUGGUUAUCAACCAGUGCCCAGAAGGAAAAAUCAGUAUGACGGUGGUUGCAAGGUUGAACUACCUACGUUCAAUGAUCAAUUCCAUAGUGAAGAUUUCAUGGAUUUGUGGCUGCUUGAGGUUAGUUGAAAGUGUUUUCAACUAUGGAAGGGAACGAGGUGAGAUUAGUUGCCUACAAACUAGAAAUAAGUGCUUAGGCACAGAGGGAAAAACCUCAGGUACGUCACCAAUUUGAUCGUGAACAGGCUUUUCUUUUGAUAAAUUAUGAUCAGAUACCAUUCCGGCAAUAUUGAAAUGGGUGGCAAGCAACUUUAAGUGUUUGGGAAUAUGCAACUUUUUCACAUUCCCAGUUUGAGCUGUACUGUUUGAGAUAGACUUCUCAAAAAUCAUCAAGGUUAAAUUAGAGGACGUAAAUUUGCACUAACGAGAAGGUGCUGCUUAUGCAAGAUGUUUUGGACUUGAAUCAAGCUCUAUCAUCGGCCUCAUAAAAUCUGAAAGGUCUUACAUUCGUAGCUCUUAACGUGUUGACUCCAGUCCAAAUAACGGAAAGGAGAAUCAUUUCUGAAGUUCUGCUGUUUCUUUUUAUUGGAAUCAUCAACUAAUGAAUGUGGAACCUAAGGAGCUACACAAGAAGCCAUGGAAACAGUAAAAUAGCAAAUUGAUGCUCACGCAUAUCGUGAAAGCUAUGAAUGCUACUGUUGUGCGUAUAAGGGGGGCGUCAGUCUGUAAGACAUGCCCCACAAGUUUGCGCAAGAGGAUUAAAUGUGUUUGAAGAGCAAGAUGAUUACCUGGCAGCAUGACUAUGUUCUUGUCCACUAUGGCAAAAAGACAAUUUCCAUGGAUUUAUUAAGGGGAAAAGAAGAUUGUUCUUGUUUCGUGAGACUAAUCAAUGAAAGACCCAAUGGUUCUUAAAGGAGGGAUUCCAACCUAAUUAGAAAAUUUGUACACGAGUCAAGGGAAAUAGGAAAGUUUUUAUAUAUUCGUUGGUUGAAGAAGGUGAGAGAUUCGAAUCCACUAAUAUACUUGGCUGGUUGACGAGUUCUUUUUUUGAGGAAUUUGUCCGUAUAUUUCCUGAUGAAUUACCAAAUAACUUGCUUUCCAUAAGGGACAUCCAGCAUGUCAUUGAUUGGGUGGCAGAAGCUAGGUUGAUGAACUUCAUGUUCUUAAAUUGUAAGAGGCGUACUAAAUAAAGCAAAUUUUAGUGCGUCUGAGUCCCUCUGUUGUCUCAGGAAGGUUAAGUGGGAUUUGAGAGUUUGGUCAAGGAUAUUCAAGAUUAAACUCUUAUUUCAGAAGGCAAAUUUAGAAGGAAUAAUGGAGCUUAAACUCCAAUUGAGAAAGGUGGAUGAGGAUCAACUUAUGAUGAUCAUCUUAUGAUUGCGAGACUUCUAAUGAGUUUAGGUCUGAGAAAUACUUUGAACUCUUGCUUGGCCGGAAAUCAGAAGAUGAAGAACAUCAGACCACUUUAUUACGUAUCUCAUGUCAUGUGCUGGAUUAUUUCCAUGAUGAGGGGCGGGACUGCUUUUCAUGAACAGUGUGACAUGUGGGUUGUAUCUGUACAACUUGUGUCUUGACUUGAGCUGGUCGUUUGACUGUCCUUCUGGGUAUUUUCCAUUUUCCUGGAUGUCUUUUUCUGUGCUUUCUUGUUUUCUGUUGUUCGUUGGCUUUCACUGGACCAAAGUCUUCUACCGGUGGUUUAAUCCCCAUCAUUUUCUCCAAACAGAAGUGAAUAAUUAGAUAAGUGAACGGAAUAAUUAGAUAUCUGAAUAUUUGUUUGGCAUAUUUUUCACUUGUUGUUUCCAGGAGGUAGAAGAAAAGAUGAAGAACCUGUCACCCGUAAUGCUUGUUGAUCUUGUGCAACCAUACCAGAUAAAUUUGGAAGAGGUAAUUUUUAUUUAUUUAUUUAUUUUAUCAUAAAAAAUGCUGGAAAAGAGUGAUAUUUGAUGAUGUUCUAACUACUACGAGUUUUGAUUCUCAGUUACCAUAUCAUAUCUGAUUAUAUUUAUGCAGCAUAGAACACUUUAUGUAUUCUCAUGGAAAACUCCAAUCUCUCCACAUCGCAGUGCUACUAUGAUGAUUUCUUACUAGCUGGCUCUUUACUUGUUCAUGUGCGAUGGAUGCUACAUGAAAGUAGGAACUCACACUAUUUCUUAGAGAGAGAGAGAGAGAGAGAGAGAGAGAGAGAGAGAGAGAGAGAGAGAGAGAGAGAGAGAGAGAGAGAGAGAGAGAUUAUUGGAAUGAAUCUUUGGGGCACUGAGGUGGGAUUCAUUUAAUCUGGUUGUUGUUGUGGGGUUAUUAUCCCGUGUGGUGCCAUAAUCUGGUCUUAAAAAUAUUUUAUUUUUCCAUAAUCUACGCUUGUCCCAAAGUAAAGACCAAUAUAGGCGAUUUAUUUAUUUAUUUAUUUUUCUUUCAGGAGGGGCCGUUGCCAGUCAACAGCAGAUUGAGCUACCAACCGUUGGACAUCUACCCUGCUCCACUGCCUCGGUGUUGA